AUGAACCCAUCCCUCAUUCGUAGAGACGAGGAACCACGACUCGAUCGACAAGGAGAUCUCGAGGAGGCGCUCGCGCCCCCGACCGCCAGCUCCCCCUUAUUGCCGCAAUCGCGUGGGUCGUCCCAUUCUUCUCGGUACAACGGCGGUCGUCCAUCCCUGUAUCGGUCGUGGUACCUCGACUAUGCAUCCUCCGCUCUACUUGUGGUGAUCAUCGCAACGUGGCUGCUGGGGCGACUGCAAGAGCCGAGACAUGAUCGCGGACCGGACGACCAGGACCGAGGCAAAGCAUGGCCCAUCUAUCCAGGCUGGGCAGGUCCAACACCAAGUCAGUCUGGGCAGGUCCAACACCAAGUCAGUCUGGCUCGCGUACACGAAUACAAUGCUCAAGAACUGCAAUAGCUGACACCGUUGGAUUGGCCAUCUUCGCAGCUGGGGCAGAAGCGCUCGCCGCAGCCACGGGCUAUCCGACCUACUUUGACAUAUCCCCUCUGAAGCCUCCUUCGUCUCUGAUGUCAGGGAGCAGGGUCGAAACCGAGGCUACGGGAGAUCAAGCUUUCAAUCUGUUGAAUAACCUCGGCAACCUGUCGCCGUGGAGGAGCGUCUCGCACGGACUCGGCACCUCGGCGCAGAUCCCGAGCCAAUGCUCGGUCAAGCAGGUGCAACUCCUCCAUCGCCACGGUGCACGCUACCCAGCCUCAGGAAGCGGGCCUGCCGACUUCCAAAAGCUGGUACAACAGUCAGGCUUCAAGGCCCACGGCAAGCUCGGCUUCCUGAGCAACUGGACGUACCCGCUCGGCGCAGAAAUCUUGACUCCGUUCGGCCGAGGGCAGCUUUUCGCAUUGGGUGUCAAGUAUCGUGAGAUGUACGGCCAACUGCUCGAUGCUCCACCACUCGAGUAUCCGUCUCGCACCCGCGCAACAAUGAAAUCGAGUAGGCUGCCACUCACCGCGACUCGGACCAAUCGAUCUCGACUGCUGUUCCGUACCGAAACGCAGGAUCGUAUGACCAAGUCCUCCCUCAACUUUGCCGCGGGCUUCUUUGGCAUCCCCGAAUACGAGACCGGCUUUGAUCUGCUCCCCAUGAUCGAAUGGCAUGGCUUCAAUUGCACCUUGUCGCCUUGUGAGUCUCGAACCGAUGCUCUGCUGUUGGGCACUCGCGUUGAUGACGACGCGCUGAGGGAACCAAUUUAUCUUUGCCUUCUCCUAGACAUGACGUGCCCGAACGCGGGUGACCCGAAACUUACCGUUGGCAAGCAAAAGAUGGACGAGUGGUCCAAUAUCUACCUAGCUGAGGCUGUCAAAAGACUGCAAGGCCUCAUUGAAGGUGCUGAGGUCAAAACAUCGGACGCACUUAACGCCCAAAUGCUGUGCGCCUACGAGCUGGUCGCCCUCGGCGCUUCCUCGUUCUGCGAGCUCUUCACUCAGGAAGAAUGGCUCGGCUUCGAGCAUCUGCACGAUAUCGCGUUCUGGUACAUGUACUCGUUCGGUCAACCGGCGCAAGCGGCGCUCGGCCUCGGGUGGGUACAAGAGUGGCUGGCCCGAGUGACCCUCGAACCUAUCACGUCGUACAACUCGACCGUCAAUUCAAGCUAUCCCCUACCGCUCGACCAAGCACUGUAUGUCGACGCAACCCAUGACACUGUCAUCAGCUCCAUUAUCACCACGCUUGACUUCUCCACCUUUGCCGCCGAUGGCCCGCCGCCGUCGACGCACAUCCCCAAGAAGAAGUCGUUCGUUGCUUCGUCAAUCUCGCCUUUCGCCGCCAACCUUCACUCGCAGAUCGUCGAAUGCCCCUCCAACUUCUUGACUUCUUCCUCGGGAUCGUCGGCUUCAUCCGAGAAGUCCCUGUUCGUUCGUUGGGUACUCAACGACGGCAUCGUCCCCCUCGAGCAUCCAGAGUGCACUGGCAACGACUACGGAUUCUGCGAGCUUGACGCAUAUAUCGAUUUGACGAAACGUCGAAUUAAUUCGAUCGAUUGGGCCCAUGACUGUCGUGAGUUCGAAUAGGAUGUGUGGCCUGUCUCAUGUUCGUGGAUCUGAUGCUUGUCGUUUCUCAUCCUUUCCAGUCGCGGACUACGAGCUCGGACACGAUCCCAUUCUGGAUGGCCGCCCGAACUCAAGGUCGACGGUGAAGGGGUGA